UGAAAGUUAAUUCCAACAAACAAGUAAAAUUCCCAUUCAUUUUAUGUUCAAAAGUUGAAAUCAACAAAUACAUAUCUCCAUAAAUUGUUGUUUUGACCUAAACCACAGAAUUUCCUGCCAACAAAAUCAAACGAUUUUACAGUAAUUAAGCAUCUUUAUUAGCAGUGACUUGAAAUAUUGUUUAAUAUCAUUCGUAUGUUCUUAUAAUUAUAGGCAUCAGCUAUGAACAUGCAAGAUCCAUUUGUGUUGAAUCAUAAUAUAACACAGAAUGUGAAUGAAAAGACAAGAGAUAAGAUUGUACGCGAGUUGAGAAUAGCAGCUAUAAAAACAUCAGUGUGGGGAAAUGAGGGCUUCUCUAUGACCACACCAUCUGGGGGAGGAGAUUUGAUUCAUUUGUUGAACAAUGAGGUACCAGAUAUCAUUCUACAAGAGGACCAAGAAAAACAGGAACAGAUCAUGGAGAAAGGUCGCAUGCCAGCAAGGGAAGCUGGAGAGUAUGAGUUUGAGGUUGAACUUAAACCAACUCAGAUGUCAUCUAAGUUACUGAAGCAGCUACAGAAGGGAGAGAACUACAGGGUGGAGUGGUGUAAGAAAAUAUGUGAAUUUAUUAUCAGAAUCCUCAAGGAGGUGUUAAUGUUGACUGUCGAAGAGUUACCUGAGGCAACAGAAGAAAUUAGGCAGAAGAUGAAGGAAGAAAUGGCAAAGAAAGCUGCAGCUGAUAAGAGAAAUAAUGAAAUCAAGGAACGUCGAAGACUUCGCCGGAUAGAAAAAAGGAAAGAACUGGAAGAACAACUAAAGAAAGAAGAGGAAGAGCUGAAACAGAAAAUGACUGAAAGUGAAGGGGCAGCAAGUGGUGAGCCAAUGGAAGAGGGUGGAGCUGAGGGUGGGACCUCUGGUAAAGAGGAUGAGAAAGCUGGAGAAAAGAGGUCAAGACCAGUGAGCAUCUUUGACAUUAAGGUGGAACAGCCAAAGAAGUUUAAAGGCAUGAGGAAGUACGAGUUGAACCUUGAUGAUAUGAUUGAAGAUUCGGAUGAUGGUGAAGAAAUUAUCGAGUACAGACCAGAUGAGCCAGAGCUAAGGUACAAGAGAGAGUGUGAGGCUGAGGUCAACUUCCAGCAUUACAUGAGAGCUUGGUGUAUGACAUGGGCUAGAAGGAAGAAGGCCAAGAACUAUCUUGUGAAUGAGGAAGGCAGGACUGAGGAGAACAUACCGAUGGAAAAGCUAAUUUCAAGCGCCAUUUGGCAGAAUGAUCGUGCUCCGUUAGCCCACCCUGUUGUAGGUUUCUACUGCUACAUGGAAUCUGUGAUGGAGGGCAACACUACCAAAGUGAGAGUGGAGAUGGACUGUAAGGAAGGCUCGAGGGACUUCAACACGUUCUUCCAGUUCUCCAAGAUGUACUUAUACAGGAUGAUUGAGAAGUACUUCAAAUGAGAUUGAUGAUUUACAGUAAUUUAGAGACGCAUACAAAUUCUUGAAAACAAGAACAGACAUGUUGAAAGACUUUUUGAACUAUAUUGUGUUUCUUUGUUUAAAUUGUAUUUUGAAAUUCUCAACAUUGCACUUGGGUAUUAAGCGUUACGGUUUUCACACUUUCAUUAAAUUGCAAACUUGGUUUGUUUUGCAAAAUUUUGGAAAUGUCAGAGACUGUGAGAUAAAUUUAUAUUGUUUAUUGUUAUGAGUUUUUUCAGUUGUUUCUAGUACAGUACGUAAUUGUAUAGUUACUAAAAUUCUUGAUUUUCUGUAGAUAUUUUUGUUAAUAUUAUUAUUUUUUUUGCUUGUAACUUACACAAUACUGAUGGAGACAGUAUCUCUUCAGACUUUUCAAGUUUGGUUUUUACUGCUUGGGCAACCAUAAUGUGUAUUAAGAACAUCCUGUAGAUCCUUCAUUUUGAAUCACAAAGAUCAUGCUUAUUAUGUCAUGUUGAAAUGCUCAAGCUUUUGAUUAAUCAUGUUUAAAGGAACAGAAGCCUUCUCGGGCCUUUUUUUUAAACUUCUAAUCGGUCAUGCUUAAAGCAAAAUUCUCCAGCUUUUUAUCAGUCAUGUUUAAAGUGGAUUUUGUCAGCUUUUCAUCAGUCGUGCUUAACUUGGCAUUUGCCAGCUUUUCAUAGUCCUGUUUAAAGCUGGUUUUUGCCAGCAUUUGAACAGUCAUGUUUGAAGGAACUUUCUCUAGUUAAAGACAGCGUUCUUGGGUCUUUGAUCAUUCAAUGUAUAUAAUACCAUUGUUUAGCUUGCUUGAAUAUCUCAAA